UUCCGCCGCCUGCAGCAAGAAUGCUAUUUCAAAACGCGAAUUCAUGCCGAGUUACUCCUGGCAGACCUGUUUUACUGGCACCAAUUCGAUUUCCUAGAAGAAGAUCCAUACAUUGGAUGCAGUAAACCUGCCUGCUUCAAUUGUUUCCAGUACCUGCUCGCCCAUCCAGGAAACUUUGUUCUACCAGCUUGCCACAACAAAUUGUAUCUAGCCUGGCGAACGCCGGAUAUCCUUGAGGAUCAUGUGCCGGUUGCCGUCGCCAGCAAGAUCCGGGAAUCAACCACGAGUAAGAUGAACUUGAACAUUCGAAUGGAACUGAGGAAACAAAUUGAUGGUAGAUAUGCGAGGAAAGCGGCUCAGUAUGAUUCAGUCACGGGCACGAGCUCGUCUAUUCAGUUUGGCUUGGUCUAA